UGUGAGCUUAUUUCAAUGUUUAGAUUGUAUAUUUAAAUAUACAGAGUAAAAAACUUAAACAAAUUUAGUGAAACAUAGCGAAAUACCAUGUGUCCAUAGUGGAAAGUUUUGAAUUUUUAAACGUGAAUAUUUUAAAAAAUAUUCGCCCCUAUCAUGCAUUGACUUGGAUCGAAAUUUUCUCCGUUUGGCAACUGAAAAAAUCUUAAGCUUUUUUAAGAUUAAAGUUAAACACGUUGGACUCACUAGUAUGCGCAACUAAAAGCUAAUUGCCUGUGCUAAUCUCGAUUUUAAAAAGAUUCCGGKUCCAAAAGAAAAAACGUCCGUUAGCGGGUAUAGUCUUUAAUACAAUGGCAUUCUUUAUUUCAACAGUUCAUUAGUUAGCCUAAAUCUUAACCUAACGGCUUAGACUAGAGUUAAGUAUGUAUACAAAAGAGGGGUAAGUAUGUAGUUCUAAUUCAAUUCAGCAAUCUUAAGUUCAUGGUAAUAGAUUAUUCUAAUACAUAGGUAGUAGAUGUUUUCCUUUUUGUUAAUAUAAAAAUGGUAAGUAUUUACAUGAUAUAAAAAACMACAUUUAAUAAUAUUCAUAGAUUCUUUAAUUAAUUUUACAAAUUUCUUUUUAAACCAUUAUUUUUAGACGUAUAAAGUCGCUUGACGCAACAGCAACUUUGGUAUCAUGCGUUCCGUUCCCGUUCAACUUCGAAAUUUACAAUUCUGCCUAUCAUGCAUUUCGAUCGUAGCUCUGUUAUGCUAAGUUGCAAUUUUGUUGGCGGAGAGCAGUUAUAUUUUUGUUCUAGUGUACUUUAUCAAUAUAAUUUUCCAAAAAUUUAAGUAAAAUUUGUUGUUGAUAGUUUUAAAAGUCACCAACAUGAUUUAUUUCAGUUUUUGUGCUUUAAUGAUGUUUUUUGAUAUAUUUGUAGGUCAAAAACAACAACACCAGAGCAAUACGAAAAAUUGGCUGAUAUAAUGGCAACCAAAAGAGAUGUUGCGCAGGGCUUCCAACAGCGACCGAAGGAGUUUUGGGAGGAAAUUGCAAAUGCCCUAAAUGCACUUGGUCCACCAUCAAAAGACUCAAGUACAUGGAGAAAGGUGUGGAUUGACUGGAAGUGCUAUAUUAAACGCAAGCUGUCUGCAAACAAAAAGGAAAUAAUGAGCACAGGUGGAGGUCAAUGUCGUUUGCAAAGGAUAAACCCACUUGAGGAGAAGGUGAUAGCUUUGACGGGGUUGGAAACUUGUACAAGUGGAAUAAGUGGUGCGCGAGAUUAUGGCGAUAGUGCGCAGGUACAAGACGUUGCCCAAACCUCCGAAAUGGACAUUUCCGCAUGUUCGGAGGAUCGAAAUGAAAUUCCUUCAUGCAGCAGAGUUAGCAGCCAGCGCAGAGAAAGAAGAACUGAUAAGGAGAGCGCUUCUUCCUUACUCAAAGAACAAAUAGCUCUCCAGAAAGAAUUUUACGAGGACACCAAAAACCAUAAUGAAGUUGCAGCUGGUAACAUAUUUACGUCGCAUGAAUCGUUCUUUAGAAUGUAUGGCGGACACCGCAGUGAAGCAACUACAAGAACAGAAACGACACAAUAAAAUUAAGGAAGAAUUGUUAAGGGAAAAAGUGGAAAUAAAGAUGCAGAUGCUAAAGUUAGAUCCGAAUUAUAAGAUUCCAACUAAUUUAGUAAAUAACCUAAAUUUUGUACCUGAACUUAUUUUUUUAGUUUUUUGUUUCAAUUAUCUUUAAGAAAUAAGCUGUGAACUGAACUGCUGUGAAAGAACUGAAUUCAAUUUAUUAUCUUUAAGUAAC